UCCAUAGAAACGUGUGAAAUCCCUGUUGACAACGUUGUCUGUCUACUAACAGCUGGAACUCGCCACGAAAAAGCACAGCGUGAAGAAGGACAUUUUCCCAACGGAUUCGUGACAACGUAAUUAAAUUAAACAUAUUUCAGUCACCUGUCCGAUUAUUUUUGUUGGCUUCAUGUGAUUUAGCUUUUAAUAAUGUCCACCGAAGAGACGGGAAAAAACACUGAUGGUGGUGUGGAUGAGGAAGAGUGGCUGUAUGGAGAUGAAGAAGAAGGAGAGCAGAAUGAAAGCUCAUUGUCUGGGGAACAAAAGAACGAGGCGAACGAUGAGGACGAUCAGCUGUUUCUGCAGAGUGAGGAGGUCUACAAGAGUGAGGAAGGGGAAAGCGACAGUGACAGUGAUGAUGACGUCUGUGUCACCAUCGGUAACAUCAAAACAGGGGGAAGUGACAAUGUCACCAGUGGAGCCCCAGGUGUCGGUUUCAACGCGAAGCCCUCAGGAUGGACACUCGGCACAGGCCAGAGCAAAGGUGUGGAUUUGGACGCCAAGGGAGGUGUGAAUGACACUCCUCUGGUUGAGGUGGACCUGGAGACUUUCGAGGAGAAGCCUUGGAAGAAACCAGGUGCGGACAUCUCAGACUACUUCAAUUACGGCUUCAAUGAGGAGUCGUGGAAGAAGUACUGCGAUAAACAGAGGAGGCUUCGCAUGAGCAUGGCAGCCAUGAGUAUAAGUAAUGCUAAAACGCAGAGUCGAGCCAGUCACCAUAGUGAGUACACCGUCUCCAGAUCUGACAGCUACUAUGAUUGCACCCCCAGCUCCUCCUCAAGGUCGAGUGAUUAUCGAAUGUCGACUAUGGAGCCGAGUGCAAGUAUCAAUGUCAUCAGAGAAAAGAUGGCAAUCAUCAGCCGAGUAGAAGGGCGAAGGAGACACAGCACUGACGGGAACCAAAAUAUUAAGGUGAUCUCCGACUCCUCCACGUGUGCCGAGAGCGUCGUGCCCAGUAAGAUGCCUUUCUACCCCCCAAACAUCCCCCCUCCCCCUCUCCCCCCUCCCCCCCUCCACGGCUCCACAUCUUCUUACCUCCCGCCGCCAAGGCCACCUAUCAAUGUACCUCCACCUGGUUUCCCUCCCCCUCCAGGUGCUCCUCCCCCCUCUCUCAUCACGUCACUGGACAGGCUACUGCGCUACAAGAGUAGGAGAGCCAGCGGCAGCUUCAGCCACUACAGCAGGGACAGUCACAGGGACAGGGAGCGAGACCGCAGUCGUUCACCUAUCUACAGGAGCUCUCUGAGGCAAGACAGACAGACACACAGCCACACAGACCUGCUAUGGACAGAGGGACAGAGACACAGGAGCCGUUCAGUAGGACGAUAUGAGCCCCCCUCAGCCCCACCCUUCCCAUUCCCACCAGGUGUGUACCCUCCGCUGAUGAGCAGCGUGACCUCGUGGCCUGGCCUGAUGGACACCAGCAAGGCCUGGGAGCAGUACGCCAGGCGGGACGCCAGCCGCGAGAGAGAUCGGGAACGGGAACGAGAGAGAGACAGAGACAGAGACAAGGCCAAGGAGAGGGCCCAUGAAAGAGAACGCAGCGAGCGGGAGAGAGAGAGGGAGCGAGAGAGGGAGAAGGAGAGAGAAAGGGAAAAGGAGCGCCAAAGAGAGAGGGAGCGCAGUAUCUCCCCUUCACAUCAGCACAGUGAUGAGGAGCGUCAGCAGCAGGAGAGACGCCACAGCGAGCGGGAUCAAGAGAGGCAUCGGGAUCGCCCCGAGCGAGACAGAGAGGAGAGACACCGCGAACGCAGACACCGCGAAAGGGCUGAGGGACGGCACAAGUCCUCACACAGGAGCAGCAGCAGGCGCAGGAGACACAGUAGUGAGGAGGGGGCCCACAGUCACAAGAGAAGCCGGCACAAGCGCCAGAAGCACGCCCGCGAGAACAGAGAAGCCAAUGAGGAGCCCAGCCCUGAAGCAGACACCCAAUCAGAGGCGGCAGACUGACAGGCCAGUUAGCCAUACAGACCAAUCACAGAGCCUGGUGGGAGAGACACUUUCCCGCCCUUGUCAAUUGAACUACAUGCCCAAUGUGAGCCUUGUUAUUUUUUUUCUGUUACAUUGCCAACUCUGAAGUGGAAGUAUAAGUUACAAAUGUGUCUCAAGGUCAAAUACAGAAAAUACUUGAAUUUUGUUUUACUAAUUUAUCAAAUUUAAUUAAUUUUAUGAGUGCUGCUCUAAUUUAACAAAACUGUGCCUCAUAGUUAAAUUAAAAAAGAAAUACUUGAAUUUUGUUUUACUAAUUUAUUUAAUUUAAUUUUAUGAGCAGUGCUCUAAUUUGACAAAACUGUGUGCUCAGGAGGAGUGUUAUCCUAAGAGGGAUAUUGAUUUUGUUUGUUUGAUUUUGCAGAAACAAUUGUUUAUUUAUAAAUAUUUUUGU